GAGGGAGUUUUGAAUCGACAUGUUUCAAAAAAUAACUCAUAUGAAGACUUUAUGUUAGACAUAUAUCAUGGCUCAAAGCUUCCAAAACGUCACUCUUUCUCUGACUUUACCGAUAUCCUGCCAGAUUUGCCUCGGAAAGGUGCGUCAGCCGGUCAUUUGUUGCAACAACCAUGUGUUCUGCUCCAACUGUAUCAAAGUUUGGCUGGAGAAAAGCAGCCAGUGUCCCACAUGCAGAGUUGCCAUCACCCCUGAAAACCCCUGCAGAGAGAUCAUUGGAGCAACAACUGACAGUGAGUCCAAUGAAAGCCUUUCUGUUAAGAGACGCCUACGAAAAACUCGAGGGGAACUGCUUUUGCGAGAAUAUGAGGAAGAAAUUAAAACCCUCUUGAAAGAGAACGAAGAGUUGAAAAGCAAAAACCUGAGCCAUGAGAUGCAACUUAAGACAGCUUUGGAACCCAGCACUGUCUUGGUUUCUCAGAGUGAAAGCAGCACUGUUGACCCGAGUGUUCUGGAGGAGUCGGCCAAUAAGCUCCGAGCUGCCAAUGACCUCUACAGAAAGGUCAAACAGGAUCUCGACAGGCUGAAAGAGGCAAACAAGACACUGCGCUCCCAGAAUUUUGACCUAAUUCAGGAAAGUAUACGUUUAAAAGCCGAAGUGGAUAGCAGGUCUCCCCAAAAGUUUGGCAGGUAUACAGUUGCAGCUCUCGAGGCUAAAAUUCAGCAGUAUGAGCGGGACGUGGCCCAGCUGAAAAGAGCUCUGGAGCGCAGCGAUAAAUACAUUGAAGAACUGGAAGCCCAGAACCAGAGGGACGGCUUUCCAUCUGAAGAGUGUGGCCAUUCAAACACCGCCUCUGGGGGGACACAAAACGGAGGGGUUGAAAGAAUCGCCCUGAUGCGGAGGAGCCUGAGUGAAUUGGAGACUUCUGUUUGUACAUACUUGGACAGCAAGUGUACCGAGCUCCCCAACAACCACGGGUGUCUUCUGACAACAUCUGAUGUGUGCCAAAGGGUAGAUUUUUUAGGAGAGACCUUGACUACAAAGAAGGAUGCACUCAAGGAUGUUCCCUCUACGCCUUCCACGGCUCUCAGAUCUUUGAGCUUGAAGAGUCCCGAGGUUUGUAGUGACAGACAUUUAGGUCUCAAACCUCUCACUUACCUGAGAAGACUCAGUUUUGAUGAUUGUCAAGGCUCAAGUAGCUCAACCUCAGCCAACCAAAGCCCAGGAACCUUCCAAGUAAACAAGGGUGGUCCUUUCAAUCAGCAAACCACUCUGAACUCGGACAAAGAGGUGUUGUGUGGGGCCUGGAUGGACCGCAGAUCUGAGCUACCCAAUCUGGAUGAAAACCGAGAGAAGUUCAAGCAACCCGAGAGCGCUUCUCCAACUGAGGACCCAACAGGCAACAGUGAAGCUUGUAUGGAUGCAGCAUACCUGGACAAGAUCUCAGAGCUGGACUCUAUGAUGGCUGAAGGCGAGAGCUCCAGCAGUCAGGUAUCUCACCUUCCCCUGGCAUCAACUUCACGGUCGCCAGACUUUGAUGCCACCCACAUUCCAGUACUGGAUUUUUCUAGCAACCUAUUGGCUGAUCCUGGACCUGCAAGAGAGCACCAGACUACAUUAACGACACAGGAGAACACCCAGAGCGUACAUCUUGAUGCUGCUUUGGCUUCUGAGGAGAAAGUUUCAUUUGUUGAGUGCAGCGAGAGAGUUGAAGGCCUGGUGGAAAAUCCUGGGCAAUCCACCAAACGCAAGUGUCCCUCAGGAUUGGCCAUCUCCAGCCCUUCCAAACUCUCAAAAUUCAAGUAAAAGGAGCAGAAAUAUUUGAAAAUUCAGUGGCAACUUUUAAGUGAGCGUUCAGGUUUACAGCCUUUCUUUUCUUCAGGGCUUCUUAUCACAAAUUUGCCUCACUGUUUAAUAUGAUGAGAGCAGUGUGUGCUGGAUGAUAUUACUGUACAUUAUAAAAACAGCUUUGGUGUCCUAAGAGUUCAAGGUGUAAACAUUUUUCUCUUGAAAUUCAACUUUUUCUCAAUUUGAAUAUAAUUUUCUGUGGAGGGUUUGCGAGCUUGUGAUAAAAAUGCCAGUGCAUAAUUAAAUCUAUAAUCAAAUAAAUAAAUGAAUGUUAAAAAAAAAAAAAAAAAUUCAUUUAAAUGUCAAAAGAAAAGUAAAAAUAAAAAG